AUGCCAUACCUCCGCCGGCACACCCGAUGGCCUCCAUCUCCCUCGGUGGAAGAUGAAUAUGUUUCUUUGGCCCGCGAAUUGCAUGGCUUGUCUAACCUGGGGGAGAAGCCCGGGCUUGAAGGCGUUUGUGCCAGAGGGACCAUCAACCAGGAACCUAUGAUUUUGGACUUGGACCGUCGUUCCCCAAGUCCUCCGCCGCUUGUCCCCUGCACAGAAAACUGUUCGUCAGAUGAGGGCAACGGCCCUCCUACGCCUCCUGCAAUCGAUGUCAGUCGCAAGCCGUUCUUCCCGGCCAUCAAAAACCUUUCGUACGAAGCUUGGCCAAUGUCCCCUCGGGCUGGUACGCCCCCGCCCCAAUCAUUCAACUUUGGCGACCUGUCGAACAUUGUUGCGGAACCCAAGCGAGGAUUUACUCCUCGAAGCUCCAAACAGCAGUUGCUUCCCGCUCAACAAAGGCCCAUCCCCACGCCUGACCGUCGUCCGAACCCGGUUACGGUAAAGCCGAAUGCAAGCCAGACCUAUCUGACCCGAGAAAGCCCACCACGUCGAGAAUCCUCCCCUGGCGCUCUGUCUUUUUCCCGAAAAAUGGAAGAAAGAUUCAGACGCCACGAGCAACGCCGAGCCUCAAAAGUUGAAGAGCAGAGUAGUCGUGAGAGCCUUCGCAGCUCCGCUACUGACUCUGUUGUUACUCCAUUUCCAAGAUCCAUCAAGAUGCCUGCAGCGACUGAGAGGUUCUUCAUCACCCAGUCUGCAUCUGCUCCGCAGUCUCCAAUCCGUGAACACCACCGCAUGUCCCCAAGAUCGUCGAGAACCUUUGAUCUUUCUACGCCUCCGUCACCUCGCCGUCGAAGAAUUGAAUCCUCACCUCGGCCGUCACCGCGGCUGUCGCCUCGAGCUUCGCCAGCACCAGCUCGCCGGAGCAGCUCUUCUCUGGAGUCAAAGCUUCCAGCAGUCGCUAAGAUUUCAGAUCUCCGUCUCUCGCCUUGUCCUCGAUCGGUGCAGAUGCCUGGUCACCAGGAUUGGUCCACGAUCAGAGGCUUCGAUCACUUGCAUAUCUGCCCUUCCUGCACGGAAAACAUCUCCAACUCCAAAUUCGGCAGUUUCGUCAUCCCUAAUGCCCCCAAGUCUCGCAGCGACCUGAUCAGUUGCUCCUUUAGCGACCCCUGGGCCCGACUGGCAUGGUUCCAGACCAUUAAAGAAGACCUCAACCACCUCGACAUUCUCUACAAAAUCACCCGCGGAACAAGCGUUUGCCCCGGCCGCGACAAAGCCACUGAGUGCUGGUACAAAGUCAUCGACCCAGAGACAAAAGCCCAUCUCCCCGGCUUCAACGCCUGUCCCGCUUGCGUCCGCAACCUCCGAAUCCUAAUGCCUACCCUCCGCUACGCCUUCAAACGCAGCACCGUCAAGGACAAGCGCUCCUGCGACUUCGUCACCGACAGCCCCCGCUUCGUAAACUACAUCGACCUGCUCGACCGCGCGGCCAACCGUGCCGAGCGAGAAAUCCCACCCCGUGCCAAAAUCCCUGAAUUCAUCGCCUACGCACGACGCAAGACAGCCCUUCCGGAAUGCCGUCGCGAUCGCCCGAAGUACAAAACCUGGCACUACAUCCCUCAAUUACCUGAAUUCACCGUCUGCGAGGACUGCUACGAAGACGUCGUCCGGCCGUUCGCUCAAGACGACGAACCCAUCGCCAACAAGUUCACGAGUACCCCACGCCUCCUCCCGGGUACUGACAGGGCUUCUCGCUGCCGCGAGGCAACCUGCCAGUUGUACUCGCCGCGGAUGCGCGCGAAGUUCAAGGAUUCCGUGCAGAGAAAUGACUUUGGUUUUCUGAAGGCUGCUGUGUUGAAACGCUUUGGUGCGGAACAGGUGUAUCAGGCGCGGCGGUCGAAGUUGUUAGGGCAGUGGGAUCGGGGGUAUGAUGUUGAUUUGGAGUUGAGGAAGAAUAAGGUGCCGUGGAGGAAUGGGUGGGAGUGA